CGCCCCCGGGCGGCCCUCCCCGCGGACCCGCCCCUCUCCUCCCCUCCCUGCCGCCGCGCCGAAGGAGGGCGGGGCGGGCCCCUCGGGUCAAUCUCAGCCUCCGGCACCGGCCGCGCAGCUGGAGGCGGCCGAGCGGAAGCCCCAGCCAUGGCUGCGAUCCGAAAGAAGCUGGUGAUUGUGGGGGAUGGGGCCUGUGGGAAGACUUGCCUCCUCAUCGUCUUCAGCAAGGAUCAGUUCCCAGAGGUCUACGUCCCUACUGUCUUUGAGAACUACAUCGCAGACAUAGAGGUGGACGGCAAGCAGGUGGAGCUGGCUUUGUGGGACACAGCAGGGCAGGAAGACUAUGAUCGCCUGCGGCCUCUCUCCUACCCAGACACGGACGUCAUCCUCAUGUGCUUCUCCAUUGACAGCCCCGACAGCCUGGAGAACAUUCCUGAGAAAUGGACCCCGGAGGUGAAGCACUUCUGCCCCAAUGUGCCCAUCAUCCUAGUGGGGAAUAAGAAGGACCUGAGGCAAGAUGAGCAUACCAGGAGAGAGCUGGCCAAGAUGAAGCAGGAGCCGGUUCGAUCCGAGGAAGGCCGGGACAUGGCGAACCGGAUCAGUGCCUUUGGCUACCUCGAGUGCUCAGCCAAGACCAAGGAGGGGGUGCGGGAGGUAUUCGAGAUGGCCACUAGGGCUGGCCUCCAGGUCCGCAAGAAUAAGCGCCGGAGGGGAUGUCCCAUCCUCUGAGAUGCCCAAGGCUUCCCCUACUUCCCCGCUCUCUUCACAGGGGUACAGAAACUACCCACCCCCCAGCCCCAUCAUCUUAGGGCUCCAUGCCCAAGGUUCCCUUCUUCAGUUCCUCCAGCCCCAGGACUGCAUUGAUUUCCGGUGGUGUAGACUGCCCUCCCUCCCAGCUCUGGGAACCUACGGCUAUGCCCUGUCCUUCCAGAGUAGAGUCCUUCCUCCUGCUGCCUCAGUCCACGGGUGGGGCUUCUGAUCCCUGAUCCCUUUGGCCUUCCCCAGAGGAUCAUCACACACCAGCACUUUAGACACACCUGGCUCACAGAAGUGUCUGGGGUAGGGCACUGGGAGGGUGUAAUCCUGAGCCCCUGGUGUUUCUGCUUUGGGCAGGGGCCUUGUCUCUGGCUAUACUUAGUAGGGGGCAUGAAUAAAGGCCACAGGCUCCAACA